CAGAAAAGGUUCCGAUUGGAUUAGAGGGCUGCUGACCACGCCCUCUCUUUUCAGGUUCGGUUGGACGUUAAUCGGAGUCUUUUCUCCCUCCGAAGACAGCCGAAGCGGGCAGCGCGGUAGUGGAGCCCCGGUAGAAGGUCCGUUGGUCGGUAGCUAAACCCUGGAUUACUUUACCCGUUCCUUUGUUUCUUCGUGUCUGAGCCACUCCUCUCCUUCCUUUCACUGAUUCUCCUUCCUUAACCUCCACCUGGACUCGCCGCUCUGCCGGAGUUAGUAAACACAGUCUUCAGCUAGCUUUCUCUCCGCCAUCUAAAACCAUGGAUAAAACGGAGCUCAUUCAGAAGGCCAAGCUGGCCGAGCAGGCCGAGCGCUACGACGACAUGGCGGCGUCCAUGAAGCUGGUGACAGAGCAGGGCAGCGAGCUCACGAACGAGGAGAGGAACCUGCUGUCCGUUGCCUACAAGAACGUGGUGGGGGCACGGAGGUCUGCGUGGAGGGUCAUCUCGAGUAUUGAGCAGAAGACGGAGGGCAGCGACAAGAAACUUCAGAUGGUGAAGGAGUACAGGGAGAAAGUGGAGGAAGAGCUGCGCGAAAUUUGCAACGACGUGCUGGGGCUUCUGAGCAAAUAUUUGAUUGAGAACUCCUCCAGUGCUGAGAGCAAAGUCUUCUAUUUAAAGAUGAAGGGUGACUACUACAGAUAUCUUGCAGAGGUUGCCUCAGGAGAUGAUAAGAAGGAUACGAUAAGUAAUUCGCAGAGCGCUUACCAGGAUGCAUUUGACAUUAGUAAGAAAGAGAUGCAACCUACGCACCCCAUUCGCCUGGGUCUGGCCCUCAACUUUUCCGUCUUCUACUAUGAAAUCCUUAAUUCUCCUGAGCAGGCUUGUGCCCUGGCUAAGCAGGCUUUUGAUGAAGCCAUUGCAGAGCUUGAUACGCUGAAUGAAGACUCAUACAAAGACAGCACACUCAUCAUGCAGCUGCUUAGAGACAACCUCACAUUAUGGACGUCUGACAAUGCAGCAGAUGAGGGUGAAGGAGGAGACGGAGGAGAGAACUAAGACCCUGUGUGUUCUCUCCACAGUUAAAAGAAAAGUAAAAAAAGAAAAAAAAAACUUUUUACACAUCUCCAUUCCUUAUUGUUUCACGUAUGAUUAUUCUAGCCCUGUAAAUCCAUGAUCAUUACCAAUGAGCUGUGUGUAAGGAAAAUUCCAGUCAUCCUGAUUUAUUUUUCUUCCCCCACCCUUCUUCCACCCCCCACCUUGCUUGUGGUGGUCAUCAAAAACAUUACAUUAAGGUAACUCCUCCAUUCCUCCUUUGGUUUCGUGGUUUUGUCAUUUUGGCCUGUAUGUGCAGUGUCUGCUGUAGAAAAGCAUUAGCCUCACAUUGCAUUAACAGUCUGUUAAUGGUCAGAGAACAACUAGUGUAUGCCGACUGCAAAUUUGGUAAAUUAGAAAUGUCAGUAACGAGCAAAGACUGCCUUGGGCAGAGCAUUGGCCAGCACACGUCUUGCUGACGAUUAAAUCCUGGUGGACCAUCAUGGCUUGAACACUCCUUCACUCAAGUACUGUUAAGAUGAAAGGUUGCUGUUUUUCAUCUGCUCACUGUUCUGUAAUUUCUUUCUUUUUUUAACCCUCUCUUCCUUCUCAGCAGGCUCUUUUAGCCAGGGCUUCUUGGAAGUCACAAAAUAAAGCACUCCUUCCUCACGAAAUUCACUUUGUGUUACUUUGAAGCAUGUCUUGAGUCAAAUGGUGCCACUAUGAAGGCUUGUAAUAGACUUAAACAGUCAUAUGAUUAAAAAAAAGACCAUGCAUGCCCAUUUUUCAGUGUACACUGGUAUGGGAACUGAUCUUGCAUACACACUGCUCCACUGUUUGGUUAAAUACUUUCAUUGCAGGUUUGUGCACAUGUUGAGGAUGUUUGAUUUGUCCAGUGAUGUCGAUAGAUAUUCGAACCACUGUUGUGUUUUUGCUAAUCAUUGAUUGUAGUCCCCAAGAGCCUUGUGAAAAUGUUUAAAUGCCCUACGUAUCAGCUAUGUAUCCUGAAUUAAAAUGACCAUUUUAUAAACCA